AAACUGAUAUUGACAAACCGCAAACAGAAUUUCUGAACGAUAAUCUCUAACCAUAAAUUUCGGCUGUAAAAAAUAAAUCACGAUUUUCACACUAUUUAUAUUUAUUUAUGUCUCUAAACGACUCAUCCGUGAUCUAUAAAUAAACUAUUAAACGCAAAACGCCAUUCGAUAAGAAUUAUUUGAGCUGAACAACCAAGUCAAUUCAUAAAAUGCGUUACAUAUAUUUGACUACUAUUUUCAGUGUUGUUUUUGCCUUUGAAAAAGAUAUAACUUUUACUGUUCAAGCAGGAAUGACCGACUGUUUCUACCAGAGAGCACAGCCGAACGAGUUAAUAGACAUAGAAUAUCAGGUAAUAGAUGCAACACAUGGUGAAUUGGACAUAUCAUUUCAACUCACUGACCCUGUUGGACGGGUAAUAGUCUCCGACUACAAGAAGCCAGAGAACUCUCACAGGCAUCAAGCCACCUUAAAUGGAGACUACAGAUUUUGUUUUGACAACACAUUCAGCACGUUUAGUCAGAAAACUGUAUUUUUCGACAUAUUAAUAGACAAUGAGGAGACAGAGGAGAAAGAUUAUGAUGACGACAAAGAAAUGGAACUUGGUACUGCAGCCGAGAGCUACAUAAUGAGGGUGAGGGAUAUAGCGGAGUCCGUGAACCGGGUGAGGGACAACGUGUCCGCGGCCAAGAGACUCCAAGAGUUGCAGUCCGCGCACGAGGCCAGAGACAGGAACAUCGCUGAGGAGAUGUGCGACAGGGUCAUGAGAUGGUCCAUCAUUCAGAUGGUGCUGAUGGUGAUGGUCGGGGCCACACAGGUUUUAUUUUUGAAGAGCUUAUUUGAAGACAAAAGUGACUACAGAAAGUUAAUACCGGGCUUGUCGAAGUGACGAAUGAAUUAGUCGAAGCCGUUCUUGCCAUAUACUAAAAUAGGACAUCAAUAAUAGUGUUGCCACUCUCACUUAUGACGUAUUCAAAUGUCAAUUUAAAAUAAUUUCGUUAUUUUUAUGUUUAUGAUGACGUCAAUGCGUGCUGCUGUAAUGGAUCGCAUCUCGUAUCGCAACAAGUUUAAUCUCACAUUUUUUUAUUACCCCUUUAGGCAGACGAGCAUACGACCCACCUGAUGGUAAAUGGUUACCGUCGCCCAUAGACUUCAGCAAUGCUAGUGGCAGAGCCAAGCCGCUGCCUGCUAUAAAAUAUCAUAAAUGUCACAAAAUGUCAGCUGUCCCUACUGUGAUAUAAGCCUGGCCGAGAGUCUGGACAUGUCAACUGUGACGUAAUCAUUAGAUCAAACAUGCGACAAGGAUCUGGAUGAAUUUCGCCAAAGUAGAGUACCUGGCAUCAGCGGAUGAAUCGUUGAGGCAGCUGUGAAGAUACCCCGACAGAUCGAAGGCUCUACAGCAUCCUUAUCCCACCAGGUGGGGUCGGCACAGUGAAUUUUUCUAUUCCACUAUCAGCCGUCAUCUCAACACUCACUCCUCUCUCUCUCAUAUCGUCAUUAACACACUCCAUCCAUGUGUUCUUCGGUCGACCUCUACCCCCUCUACCUUGCACUACCAUUUCCAUACAUCUCCUAGUCGCAUGCAUCUUCUCUCCACGCAUCACAUGUCCACACCACGCUAACCGUCCGCUCUUUAAUUUAUCAAUCACGUCAGUUGUACUACCAGUCGUGGAGAUAUCUUUACUUUUUUAUAUACAUAUAGACUAGCCGUACUCGCCCGCUUCGCUGGGCAUUUAGAAUUUACAUUAUUACUUCUCACCCCCACAAAGAUUCUCAUCAUUAACGCCCCGCAACUGGUGUAGGGAGUCCAACACUCAUAUAAAUGUAUCCUAUCCAUUAAGUACAUGUAUUUUCUACAUGGAUACUAUGUUUCAAGUCAAUCGGAUGCACGGUUCAGUAGUUGUAACGGAACAUCCGUAAAAACCACUGUAGAUUUAUAUAUUAGUAUAGAUAUGUAUAUAUUUCUUCUAUGCGUGUGUUUGUCACUGAACUCUUACUAAACGGUUGGACCGAUUAGAAUGAUUUUUUUUGUAUGCAUUUGGGUGGCACCCUGGAUGGUUUAGAUUCACAAAUCAGCCCGGCAGGUGGCGCUGCAUUCGGUAUCUAGGUUAUUUAUCUACACUACAACGAAACGGCUGCAUCGACUUGAAUGAUUUUUUGCAGGACUACGUUUGUCGGGUCUAUCUAUAAUACUCAAACAGCAUAAUAAAUAUUAUAUAGUGUAGUAAUGUGAUGAAUACGAAUUUAUUCAUGCGAUUUUGCCUUUUUAUUUUCGAAUUUCAGACCGCUUUUUUUAACAACGAUAUCUCAAAAAGUCUGUCCAGUGAAUAUAAUUCAUAAAAAUUAGGUUCCUCGACCCACUGUCUUGAUUAAAUAACACGGUAAUAUAUUUAUAAGUACCGUGUAAUAUAUAUUUGUGUUGGAAGUAUGAUUUAUGAAGCGGAUGUUACGAGAGUUUAAUUAACAUUUGUAAUUAACAUUAACACUCAUUUGAAUCACAAAAUGAAAGAGUACACAGUUUGAGAAACACCGUUUUAAAUCAUCGUGUAGGUAACGCACGAUUUGAGGUUAGCCGCUUAGUCGAAAGUAAAAUGGCUAUUUAAAAAGAGGGAAACAAAAAUACCACUCAACUGUUUACCGGUGUGGUUAUUGCGAGUUUUUUAACGUUCUCGUUAGCGUAAAAGUUAACUCUAAUUUGUAUGGAGUUGGAACGUUCAUUUAUACUAUAGUAGAAUUAUUUUGUCCGUGAAGUUUGGGUAAUAAAAAAUCGGAGCGAUGAAGCGAGUAUUCCGCUCUCUCUUCCACUCGCGAGCCUUAUGGACGGGCAUAGUGAUGCGCAUUAUUGUUGUCGAUAAGCGUCAUCGAUAGUGUAUUUAGUUUUGUCAUUUUGAGGGUUAGUGAUAAAAAUGAAAGAAAAAAAUCACUAAUCGAACACUUACACCACAUAUCGCCGCAGCGAGUUAAUGAGAGAGGCAGAAAUUAACACUUUGUAACUUUUCGGGAUCUAUUCUUAUUUCAGUGAAAUUUUUUUACACAUUGUUGAUAACAACACGUGCAAAUAUUAUUUUCAAUAAUUUCUGCCGUUUUGAUAUAAAACAAAGAAGUAGGCAUUGUGUCACUAAUGAAAUUCAGAGAACGAAUGCAUAAAAACACAUUUCUUUGCGACAUAAUGUACUAUAACUUGCAGAUAAGUACAAAUGACAUAACAAUGUCUCACCACCCUUCGUAUACCACUCCGCCGCCGUGUACCUGCCUUCGAUGACUCAUUUGUUUUUAUCGAUAAUGGCGUUGCGCCCGCGCGACACGCUCACCGUCCUAGCCGGGCCAUGUUUUAUGACCCAAACUGCACGAACAAAAUAAUUCUCCUAUAGUGGCUGUUAGUGGCAUACAACAAUUCGUGUUCAAUCGCAUUGGAAAUAGAAUUAUUAUAGUACAUAUUCUCAGACUGUAUGCUUUUAUAUUAAGUAUGUGUGUAAGCUAAGAUAAGUGUGUUCAUGGCCAAAGCGUUUAGUAUUUACUUAAUUUUAAUUGUUGUUCUGUACAAAAUUGUUCACAAGAAGAUGCACAAAUUAAUUGUAAAAUAUAAAGUUUAAGUAGUAAA